GACCCCGAAGAAACAGCCCAAUUCACAGAGAAAGGGAAUCUGCCUUUCCUUCUGAUCUCUUCUUCCCUCCUCUUCCGCUCUUUAUGUUUCUCGUGUGUGCAUACUAAGCGAACCGCCCGCCAUCUCUAGCUCCGAUACCCUCCUAAGAAACCUGCGAAUUAAUUAUAUUGAGGAAUUUUCAAUCUUUUCCUCUCUACCCUCUUUUGUCUCACUAUUGCAAGCCGUUUUUUCGAGGUUCGCCAGCUCGAUUUGUCCUUAAUCUUAACCGAGGCUUUGUUAGGCGUGUGGCAUUGAUAAGUUUCUUUAUUUAGUCACUUCCCGGAUUCAAAAUUCCAUUAAUUGCGCAAUUUAAUCCAACCUGCUCUUCGCAUCUGCCCAAUUGGAGUUAUUUGCGAGAAACCCUUUUGAGUUCCCGGCUCAAAGAAUCAGAUGAAAUCUGAAUCUUGAGAUUCUUUGUUUAAAUUUAGCUUCUUUUUGAAGUUGGAGCGUGCUCAUAAACUCGCUUGUUUAGGACUGGUAAGGAAAGGCCGUUGUGGUUGGGGAUGAAUAGUGUUUUCAAUGAAGAGAUACUUGAAGAUAAGCUCUCGAAGCUCACCACCACUCAGCAGUGCAUUGAGACACUGUCCCAUUGGUGUAUUUUCCAUAGGAGUAAAGCAGAGCUGGUAGUUACAACAUGGGAAAAACAGUUCAAUAGUUCAGAGUUGAACCAUAAAGUUCCUCUUCUUUAUCUGGCUAAUGAUAUACUACAGAACAGCAAGCGGAGAGGCAAUGAAUUUGUCACAGAGUUUUGGAAGGUUCUUCCUUCUGCAUUAAAAGGUUUGGCUGAGAAUGGCGAUGAGCAGGCAAGGAAUGUGGCCUCAAGAUUGGUUAAUAUAUGGGAAGAGAGGAAGGUUUUUGGAUCUCAGGCAAAGAGCCUUAAUGAUGUUAUGCUAGGGAAAGAACUACCCACACCAUUGCAAUUUGGCAGAAAGAGGUCUCGUUCUGUAAAGAUAUUGAAAAGAGAUUCAAGAUCCCUCAGAACGAAAUUGACAAUUGGAGGACCAGCUGAAAAAAUAGUAUCAGCAUUUCAUAUGGUGCUUAGUGAGCAAGCCAAUGAAGAGGAAGAAAUGAAUAAAUGCAAGUCUACAGUCCACAGAAUAACAAAGAUGGAGAAAGGCGUAGACACAGCCCUUACAACAGCAAACGACCCAAACAGAAAGACAUUGUCUAAAGAGCUGGAGGUGGAAGAAAAUGUACUAAAACAAUGUAUUCAGAAACUUAAAGUAGUCGAAGCAAAUAGAGUUGCUCUUGUGUGUCAGUUAAGAGAAUCACUAAAUGAACAGGAAUCCGAGCUGGAGAAUGUUCGCACUCAGAUACAGGUGGCACAUGCUCAGGUAGAAGAAUCUAGCGCCAUGCGAAAACAUUUAGACAAUGAAAGUUACGUGGCAGAUUCAAAACCUUCAACUACAACAACAGAAAAAAAGACAGCUGCAGCAAUAGCAGCUGAGGUUGCAGACAAGCUAACAGCAUCAACAUCGUCUCAGUACAUCAUGUCAUCGGUUCUCUCCACAUUUGCUGCUGAAGAGGCAAAAAAUGCCGGCCUGGCAAAGUCCUCUUCUUCAGUAGCACCUGCCUCGUUCCCAUCGACGCCACCAAUAAAUACAGCAAACUAUUCAUUAACAAUGCCAGAAAGGCCCCUUUCUGAUCCCAGUGUUCUUAUUAUGCAUUCGCCUCAAGUAAAUACGCCUCCACCUCCUCCUCCACCAAGCAACCCUUAUCAAUCAGUGAUGGUGAUGCAGCACCACCCAACAAUGCUGCAGGGUGGCCAUUUCUCCAACGCUCAACAACCACAGUACCAUUCACUUCCACCGCCAAACCCACCGCAGCCCCAACAAUAUUUGCAGACAUCGGGUGGAAUUGUUGGAUCGUAUGGCUAUGUCACAGGCCCAUCUCCUUCAUACUUAGGUCCUCUAGUUCCCUUGGCACAGCCCUCAUUACAACAUCUAAAUAUGCCAACUCACCAAUCACAUGCAUUACAAUUACCUCAGCAACAACAGCAGCCGCCCCCUCCUAACUUCCGGCCGUUAUUUAGGUAAAAUGCUAAACUGAUGGUUUGCCAUCUUUUCUUGGAGCAUUCUUGUGAUACCUUGUUGUCAUAGUUGUUUUAGCCAUUUUGUUUUCUUUUUUCUUUGUAAAAUCAUAUGGGACUGAUAGAGACUAGAAAGGCAUUUGGCAAUUUUGUAACAAACAAGAUGUAAGUGAAUGUCUUAAUCCUGUUGAUGACAUUAUGGAGUCGUUUCUUCAACCAGCAUAUUUUGUAUGUAUAAUGAAAUGUAACAAAACAAGAUUCAUAUUUAAAUUGCUCAUACCCAGAACAAGCUUUUGAUGUGCAAUACCAGUAAACAAAAGAUUUGC